UUUUGAAAACAUGCUAAUAAUGGCGCCAUGGAAAUGAUUUCAAGAAAAGAGCGCCACAUUGUUGACGAGUAUAUGAAAAACUUGCAGAAUACGAAUCCGAUGAUACUCUCUUCCACUUUAAUUGAAACCCUUGCUCUGUAUUUGUGUUAAUGGCGGAUUUUGGAGCACCUUCAUUCUCAUUAGGGUUUGAUUUUGAUUUUUCCGAGCCCCAGCUUACCACUGCAAAUGAGAGUAAAAAUCCAACGGCGCCGAAUCGGUUUUCCGUAGCUGCGACGGGACUCGAAGACGAUGAUGAUAAUGAUUUUGAAACCGUAACAGUCGUUGAUUCGGACACAGACAAUCAGAAUUCACCUCCGAAACUGAAGCGCCUCCGGCGAGGGAGGCCGGUGGAGGAUACAGUAUCAUCGGCUUCGGUUAAGAGCAAGGCGGAUUUGUUUUCUGCUGUGGUUGUCGAUGACGAUGACAUUGAGGACUUCUCUUCGCCAGAGGAUAACCAUACAGAUGAACGUCUUUCAACACAGCCCCAUUCAGUCUAUACAAGUUCGAAAAUCCCACUCAAUGGACACGGGGUUUUAACAAAGCAACCAGGAAAGAGAAAACAGAACGUCUCAGAUGAUCCAGAGUCUGUAAUCACAACCUGCAACAAGCCACCAAAGAUAACCAUCAGCCCUCUGAGAAAAUUCCAGUUGAUAGAUUCCGACUCUGAUUCUGAUUUUGACGAUCAUUUUAUCAAUGAAGCUGCAAACAGGAAGACAUUCAACGAAUCAAACUCCUAUAUGAAUUCAGGUCAACCAAAAAAACCAACCGAAUCAACCAGGAAAGAUCUUUGGGAGGACUUCAGACCAGAGAAGAGCUUCCAUAUCCCAACACCUGUGUUAGAUGAAGUCUGUGAUGAAUAUUUCAACUCCAUGAAAGCUAAAAAAACACCUCAAAGCAAUAAACCCCCAAAAAACCAUGUCAAAAACAAUAUAAUAGAUCUUAGUGACCCUAUUUCUCCUACCCCCCCUGCUCAUACCUACUUUUUCCAUGAUGAUUUGAGGAUCCAAGAGCUAGUUAGAUCUCGUUUGCCCAAUUUCUUUCCUUUGAAUGCAACAAACAGAGAUUGUGAACAACCUGGAACUUCAAACAUUGAUUACAUGGGUCAAUUUAGUCGUGGUGAAAGCUCUAAACAAGCUUCUGGAAGUAAUAAAGCUGAAACAAGUUCUAGAAAAAAACCAAGAAAAUCAAAACCUCAAGAAAGAUCAAUGAAUCCAAAGGUAAAUGUCCCAAAAGAUGCUGGACAAAGAAGGGUUCAAGCAGAUGGUAAAGCUACUGGCCAUUGGUUCACAAAUGGAGAUGGAAAGAGAGUUUAUGUGAGUAAAAAUGGGGAAGAGCUGAUUGGGAGAGCUGCUUACAUUCUUUAUUCAAAGGAAAGAGGAGGAUAUAAAAAAAAUGCAAAGCCCAAAAAGAAAAGUUUUGCCAAGAAGAAAUAGAGUGCUGAUAUAGAGAUUGCUAUUCUG